AUGAGAAAUUCUGUAUUGGUUGCGAAAAUCGUCGAGGUAUGCUUAAAGGCGUUUGUGGAGCUAGAAAAAGAGCACCUUGUUUACUCAGACUUGAAACCUGCGAAUGUCCUUAUGUCUAGAGUUGGCGGGCAAUUCGAUAUCCAGCUUGGAGACUUGGGGCUAGCAGGACCAGAGGGCAGCAACUCACGCUGGGUGCAACCCGAAGCUUUUCGUGCUCCUGAGGUCUGGACAGGUGUGAGGUGCUUCUAUAAAGCCGAUGUGUGGGCUAUUGCUGCUAUGAUAAUGCAACGAAUUGAUACCAAUAUUCUGGGAAACGCCGAUAACAUCGACAAGACGCUUAUUCACCCAAUAGCAUGGUGUCUAGCCAAGAUUAUGCUUCUCUUCGACCCAUUCUGUAGCUCGAUCUCUCCUCCUUCUGAUAUCGAUAAGGCCUUACAGGACUCGUUCAAAUUAGCUCAGAUCCUUACGAUAACAAAAGAUAACGAAGAUUCCGACGAACUCCUUUUGCAGAUUCCUUCAUUUGAGAUGUGGGCCGAUCUAGCUCGGGACGCUGGUGUACCGAAGGCAGUGCUAGACGUUAUACACCUUCUGGCCGUUCCUAACCCGACGAAGAGACCAUCGGCUUUCCCAGCUCUUCAAUCACCCGAAUAUAAGGUCCUCCAGAAAGCUGCCGCCGCGUGCGAAAGGCACUUUUAA